AUCGUUUUCCUCCAAUGUGACGAGAUGUGUCCUCAAAGACGUGACCACACACGCAUGAUUUUGAUGAUCCAGUUAUCUACCGAUCAAGUCAGUUGUAGCUCAAUGACGUCACACGUUGUGUUACCAUCCGCUCCACGCAAGGACGAAGUCAGGUCAAAACAUUCACGAAUUGAAAUACCCACUGAGCGACUCGGGUCCGCUACAAUCGCGAAAGUAAGCAGUGGUUUCGACUGCAAGCGAGUUGAAGAUAACCUCGCUAUGUCUGUUCAACAAUGUUUAGCCUGUAAUGCUGUGGUCCCCAAGUCCAGUAAGUCAUGCCAGUGUGGCCACGUCUUUGAGGAUGUCAAACAAAUCGCGGGAAAACGGUUUUCAGAGUAUCGGGCAGAGUUGUACUGGCGACUAGAGAGCAAGCGAAUGAAAGCAUUAUCGAAAGAAAACACCCCACUUAACGAAGUGACACCCACUGAUGAAAAUAACAAUGUUAACAAAGAUGUCAAAGACAACAACAAUAACGAGCAGAAAAUUGCGGAGCCCAUCGUUCGGCUAUCAGCAGUCCCCAAGAAAAGAAUUCUUCAGCGCAGGGUUAAAGGGUUGUGUCCGACAAACAGAGGACUCCAUAAGCCUUCUAACAUGAACUACCAACGUGUUCAACCCACCAACGACAAAAGCGUGUCACCCGAAGUUCUGUACCGACUCUCUAAAGCCCUGGAAGAAAUUAACAAAAAGAUUCUAACGCAAAAUAUGGUGUGGAAAAGUUUGGUGUAGAUGGAAUAUCCAUAAAGAAGCAGACUUUGUGUGAAACCAUAAAUGUUGUUUGAUUCCAUCAACUGUCCGACGAGUCAUUCAAACAUCGUCAGCAUUUGCGGUUAAUUCUGGCAGAUUUUUUCAAGAAUUAAGAACCCAAGGAAUAAACAAUCAUCAAAUGACUAUCGUCGUUCAUAGCAUAUGGAGAUCAUUUUUAAGUAAAAGUAAAUUGAGUAUUUACUUAUUUAAGUAAAUAAGUAAAUUGACACUCUUUGUCUGGAAACUAUUUAUUUAAUAAUUAACUUGUCUCUUGAACUUUUCACCAGGCCAGGAUUCGAAUGUA